UUAAUAAUCAAUUUAAAUAAUCAAAUGAUUGUUAUUCAAUUGCCUUUAAUUAUACUGGAUAAAUUAUGGUUUCUGGUUGUAAUAAAUAUAUUAAAGUAUGGGAUUUUAAAGAUGGAUAGAUAUAAGAAGUGAAAAAAUUAGAAGGUCAUAAUAACAAUAUUACUUGUUUACUUUUUAGUAAAAUAUAAAAUAGUUUUAUUUCUGGAUCAAGUGAUAAUACAAUCAGAUGUUGGAAACAACUUAAUGGUUAAGAAUGGAACAGUUAAUAAUCAUAUUAAGAACAUACAAAUUGGAUUGAAUGUUUAUUAUUAUGUAAAAAUGAGAAUACAUUAUUUUCUGGAAGUGAUGAUAAAUCGAUUAAAAUAUGGUAAGUUGAUUUUCAUAAUAAUAAUCUGAAGUUCUCUUAUUCUUUAAUUAAACAUACUAAUAUUGUUUUUGGGUUAUCAUUAAAUGAAUCAGAGACUUUUUUAGUUUCUUGUGGAGCAGAUUAAUAAAUUAUAAUUUGGAAGAAUUCAAAAGAGAAUAAAUGGGAGUUUUGUUAAAUUGUUAAAUAAUCGAUAAAUGAAUAAGGCGUCACUGUUUGUUUUAUUAAAGAGAACCAAUUUAUUUGGAUUGGUGGAAAUAAAAAUGGAAAGGAUUGUCUAAGUUAUUUUGAAUUAAUUAAUGGAGAUUUUGUAGAAUAAAAAGAAAAAGAAUAA